AUGCAGGACCAUAAUAUCUUUACUGCACAAGCCCAGAAUGUCAACAGGGACAGAUGGUCCUUUGGAGAGGGUAACCAUCACAUGGAGUCUAACAUAAAUAGAAGGAACCCUAUACCAGGACAGAGAUAUUGUUCCCGAUGUGGACAGUCAGGGCACACAACUACAAGCUGCAGAUAUAGAGGGGCAAAUAUGGACAGGACCAUUCAAUGUUUUGAGUGUCAGGGAUUUGGUCACUUUAAGAGAGACUGUCCAAGUGGGAAGGGUGGUAUGUCCUCCAGGGGGAUCAAUCACCUUAAUAGUGGUAGAUGA